AGGCGCGUCACGUGACCAGCUCGAUAAAAGCGCACCCGCAUCGAGCACAGCUACACAAACACCUACGUUUCAGUGCGGCGUUUACCGGAAAAAGUGUUUUCUUCCAAUUUAACGUUUUUAUUCCAAGACAGUUUACCUUUUUCUCGUUUGAGACUUUGGAUUAUGUUCUUUGUUUGUACGUUUUCUACACGUUUCUCUAUGGAAGAACAUCACGACGAAAUUCAAAUUGAAAGUCGUUUUAACCAGAGAGACGCUUUCAGAGAAUCCUGACCGGUCGGAGUUCCUCAAGUGAAAUAGUGUUCAUCCAAAACGAUUUGGGUGGAGUUCAUCUAUCUUGUUCUUCAUUGCUUUUCAUCACCUCAUCUUUACAUUCCCGUAAUUCCGUUUAAAACUAAACAUGGUUGGAUUCAGAGCUGGUGAUGUGCCCCCUACAGCCACCGUCAAGUUUGUUGGUGCAGGGAUGGCAGCCUGCAUCGCAGAUCUGGUCACAUUUCCACUAGACACAGCAAAAGUUAGGCUUCAGAUUCAGGGUGAAGCCAAAGGUCCUGCCAACCCAGGGCAUGGUCCGAUGAAAUACCGAGGAGUGUUCGGCACGAUCAGCACCAUGGUUCGUGUUGAGGGGCCACGCAGCCUCUACAACGGGCUGGUUGCAGGACUGCAGCGUCAGAUGAGCUUUGCGUCUGUACGCAUUGGCCUCUAUGAUUCUGUCAAGCAGUUCUACACCAAAGGUUCCGAACAUGUAGGGAUUGGCAGUCGGCUACUGGCAGGUUGUACCACUGGAGCAAUGGCAGUUGCUAUGGCACAACCAACAGAUGUGGUAAAGGUCCGAUUUCAGGCCCAGAACGGCUCUGGUGCCAGUAAACGUUACCAAGGCACUAUGGAUGCAUAUCGGACCAUUGCAAAGCAAGAGGGAAUUCGUGGUCUGUGGAAAGGAACUGGACCAAACAUCACCCGAAAUGCCAUUGUAAACUGCACGGAGCUGGUGACCUAUGACCUCAUCAAAGAUUCACUUCUAAAGUCAUCCCUGAUGACUGAUGAUCUUCCCUGCCAUUUCACAUCUGCUUUUGGAGCUGGUUUCUGCACCACUGUUAUCGCUUCCCCUGUUGAUGUUGUGAAGACAAGAUACAUGAACUCCGCCCAAGGCCAGUACAGCAGCGCCCUCAACUGUGCUGUUGCCAUGUUGACUAAAGAAGGACCAAAGGCUUUUUACAAGGGAUUCAUGCCAUCAUUUCUGCGGCUGGGCUCCUGGAAUGUGGUUAUGUUUGUCACCUAUGAGCAGCUGAAACGUGCCCUGAUGGCAGCUCGCCAUAACUAGGUCACUCUUUAAGCAGCAAACACAGCUAGUUGAGCUUUGCUGGCCCAUCUUUUUUUUUUUUUUGCUUGACUGUUUGACUUGUUUACACGUUUGCUAAUUUUAUUUGGCUUUUUAUGCAUGACUCAAAUCUUUCAAUAAAACUGAGUCUAUUCUA